AUGGAUAUGGCAGUGAGGACACAGUGUGCGCUCACGGGCAAAAAAAACCUCAAUUACACGCCCCUCAGCCAUUUUUGCGAUGCCUCCCCCGGGCCGCGCGGGGGCGCUGCGGCUCCGCGAAGGCCCGGACGGUGGUCAGGCGCGACGGGGCGCGAAGGGGCGCACAGGCUUCUGGGGAACCUCGGGGCGGCGACUGCGCGCUGGGUGGUCGCGGCUCUUCCACCUGUCACCCUGGCCCUUCUCUGCUUGGACGGUGUCUUCCUCUCCCCGACCGAGAAUGACUUUGUGCACCAGGUCCAGGAGGAGCUGGACCGCUUCUUGCUGCAGAAGCAGCUGUCAAAGGUACUUCUUUUCCCCCCACUCUCCAGUCGCCUGCGGUACCUGAUCCAUAGAACAGCAGAGAAUUUUGAUCUUUUGAGCAGCUUCUCUGUUGGGGAGGGCUGGAAGAGGAGGACGGUCAUCUGUCACCUGGAUGUCAGGUUACCCACCUCAGAUGGACUCUCCGGCUCCUGCCGCCCUCCUGCCUCCCACCCCAGCAGGUACCGAGGUCCUCAGCCCACUUCAAACCAGGGAGCGGCUGCUGGUCCCCGAGAGGCGCGGGCCGGCCGGUGGCAUCGGGGACGACGCAAGCCAGACCAGGCUUUGUAUGUGCCCCGGAUACUGCGCAAGCAAGAAGAGUCAGCACUACCCCCCACCCCGGGGCUCAAGGUUGACCCCCCAGGUGGCAGGCCUCUGGAAGAGCCUGGAGAUGUUGGUGCUGGGGACUCCAGCUCUGAUCAGGAACGCCCUGUGUUGAUGACUCAAGUGACAGAGGACCUAAAGGGCCGGGGCCUGCGUUGUGAGAAAGAGCAGCUGUCGGGCACAGAGCCCUCGGGGCCUGGGAGCCUCUCAGAGACAGGAGACAGCCUGGAGACGGCCACACAGCUUGGGUCCAGUCUGCAGCUGGUCUUGGAAGAGGGGCGUGGGAGUGAGCUGGAGAAGAGCCUGGGGGCAGAGGAGGAAGAGGAAGAGGAAGAAGUGGCAGAGGAGGGGCCUGGCAGCUGCUCUGAGGAUGAUUCCAGUGAGCUGCUGCAGGAGAUCACUGCCAACCUGACUGAGAAGGAGAUUCAGGUAGAGAAGAUCCACGUGGACACAUCCUCCUUCAUAGAAGAGCUGCCUGGAGAGCAGAGUUUGGCUCACGUGGUGGAGAUCUAUGACUUUGAGCCUAAACUCAAGACUGAGGACCUGCUGGCAGCAUUUUCCGAGUUCCAAGAGAAGGGCUUCCAGGUUCAGUGGGUGGACGACACGCAUGCGCUCGGCGUCUUUCCCUGCCUGGCCUCAGCUGCUGAAGCCCUGACCAAGGAUUUCUCAGUGCUCAAGAUCCGGCCCCUCACGCAGGGAACCAAGCAGUCAAAGCUGAAAGCCUUGCAGAGGCCAAAGCUCCUGCAUCUGGCGAAGGAGAGACCACAGACAAAUACAGCAGUGGCACGGAGGCUGGUGGCCCAGGCCCUGGGGCUUCAACACAGGAAGAGAGAACGGCCUGCGGUGGACUCUCCCACCUCCCCGGGGUCCUGAGAGGGGCAGCCUGGAUCUGCACCCCAGGACAGACUGGUGCCCCAACACCACAAGCCUUUCCAGGGACCAGAACAGCCAGCACUCUGGUUGGCCCGUCACUGCGGGGCAUGGUGGGCUUCAGUUUGGUCUAGUUCCAGAAGUUAAGAAAAAAUAAAAACUUAGAAGUUGUUAUAAUGUGA